GGUGACCCCCAUGAUUAACUUGACGUCAUACACAACACAUAGAAGUAUGGCUUCGCAAUCCCAGGUUUUGUUUGAGAGAGAUGGAGUUUAUAUUCAUGUCAAUGUAAAUUCAACAACAGCGGACAAAGAUGCUCACAUACCAGGAAGGGUUUACCUGACUCAAAAGCCUGAAGGAAAUUACAUAGAAUGGAAGGCAGAGGAUGUUCAGAGCCUGGACAGUAACCAGAACGACCAGGAGUGGGCAGUUAUCGGUACGACAUGUUCUGUGGGGUACAAACCAGACAAGGACAAUGUGGUCAGCGUGACUUCAAAGGCAGAAUCAAGAAAAAGAUACAAUGUCAGCUUUGAUAUAAUGGAUUUGAAAAGUUUCAAAAGAAAUGCACCAAACCAUGGGUGGGCAUACAUAAUAUUCAUCCUCAAAGAUGGGACGACCUACCCAGCCCUUCAUUUCCACAGCGGGGGAAGCAAGGCACUGCUGCAGCAGAUCGGAAAAUACCUUCAUAUCAAGAGGUCGCCUAAUGACAGCCGGCUGUUUAUCGUACAGGAACAUGAUCCUGACAUGUUGUCCAAGUCCUUUGAUGAGUUACACUUGUUUUCUGAGUCCUCAGCAUACCGAGUCACUAAAUUUAUCAAUGAUCCUUACACCACAGCCCUUGGAGGCUUUGCCAAGGUCACCAACUUCUUGCGCGACUCCAUAAUGGCUCCUGAGAAUGUGGCAAGUCGGCCAAAGGAAGAAGUGGCCGAAAUUUUACAUGAGGACAUCCCUGGCAUGGAGAUCAACCAACAGGUCGAAGCUGGAUUCGAGGUUGUUACAAAGACGAGACUUCCUGCUCGACCAGAAGUAUCCCGUGGAGGGCCCCUCGACUCACAGCAGUGGUCCAAACACAUGGACAGGGAUGGACGCAUCAAGGACGUUGACAAUCUCAAGGACGUCAUUUUUAGAGGGGGCGUGGACCCCUCGAUACGGAUUGAAGUUUGGAAGUUCCUACUUGGUUACUACGACUGGCAGUCUACAUACAAAACUAGAGCUGACGAAAGGAAGCGUAAAGUGGACGACUACUUCAGGAUGAAAUUACAGUGGAAGACAAUCAGUGAUGUCCAGGAGAAAAGGUUCUCCCUGCUGAGGGAGAGGAAAUGUCUCAUAGAGAAGGAUGUGACACGUACAGACCGCACACACAAGUUCUUCGAGGGCGAGUGUAAUCCUAACCUACAGGUCCUCAACGAUAUCCUGAUGACCUACUGUAUGUACAACUUUGACCUAGGUUACGUACAAGGAAUGAGUGAUCUACUGUCUCCCAUUCUUGUUGUCAUGGAGAAUGAAGUGGAUGCUUUCUGGUGCUUUGCUGGUCUGAUGGACAGAGUGUGGGAAAACUUUGAGAUGGACCAAAAAGGAAUGAAGAAUCAGCUAGCAGAUAUACACAGACUGAUGCAAUUCUCUGACCCAGAACUGUGUAGCUAUCUUGAGAGCCACGAUUCUGGUAACUUCUACUUCUGUUUCCGGUGGUUACUCAUCUUCUUCAAGAGAGAAUUUUCUUUCAGUGAUGUCCAGCGACUAUGGGAGGUGAUUUGGACGGAACGGCCCUGUAAGAAUUUCCAUCUAAUAAUAUGUCUGGCUAUACUGGAUACAGAGAAAAUCACACUCAUAGAGAACAAAUUUGGCUUCACCGAAAUCCUAAAGCACAUCAAUGAUAUGAGUCUAGCCAUACACUUAGAAGAUACCCUCAAGAAAGCUGAGAGCAUAUGCCUACAGCUCAAAAACAGUAAAAAGCUUCCUACCACGCUGAAAGAGAUUUUAGGAAUGGAAUUGUCCCCAAGCAGUUCAACGUCAAGCUCCUGCAAAACUACACCUAUAGGGACACCAAUCAACCGAGAAUCCACGCCAAAACUCGAGCUCCCUCUCCACGUACGAGAAAACGGACUGAGUGCGCCAAGCUCGGGAUCAGGCACUGCAGUAACCACACCAGACGACAGCAGUCUGGAGAUUCUCACAGAUAACGCAGAUACAGCCAUGAAUCUGGUCUAUAAUUAGUCUACCAAAGAGACAUGUGGCUUUGAGACACAAACCAGUCGGGUGGCUACGGAGACACAAACAUGUUGUAUCUGCAGACUUGCCGCGAGUCCAGACAUGGUGCUAGUUUUUCUUUACACCGGUAAGGUGUGGAAUGCUGAUAGACUCAGCCGACGACACUGUUGGAUUUGUCUGCAUGGUGAUUUGUCAUGUUCUGUUGAGCACCUGCAAUUCCAAGACGGACACUUAUCUGCUGGUAGUCAGGACGUCGCAUCUUGCCCCUGAGGCUGACCACAAACAGGGACCUGCCAUAAUUCAGACCAGUCACAAUACCCCUGUAUAGCUAGGGUGUGGUAGACUCCUUCUCUUUACCAUUGUGUCAUGGAGAAGAUAUUAUAGCUACUUUCAUCCUAGUAAUUAAGGUCCUCUUCAAAUAAAUGUACUAGCUUAACACCAAUGAGGACUUUUAACAGGGCUUUCAGUAGACCCCUGAGUGUUUUUUACUCCGCAUAAUGAGUUUUGACUCUUGGGCUUGAAAGGACUUAUCUAUUAGUCUCCUUAUGACUUGUCAGAUUUCUCGACAUUGGCGGUUUGACUUCAGAAAUGGCUGAAGGUCAAGGGUCAACUGAAAGCCCUGUUUUUAAAUGCAUAUUAUGUUGCUGUGAUCAUGCGAGAGAUAAUGCUGUAUGGAAGUGGAUAAGGUCGUUCGAAUUGGAAUGUAUGAUUGUGUAUGAUAGGAAGAAUGUUUAACACUGAAUACAACAGGAACAAACGUCACCAAGUUGUCGGGGUAAACUUUUACAAAUUCUUACAGAUAUUCUCAUGAUUGCAGAUCUCUUACUGAACAAAGUCUACAUAAAUAGGCCCUGAUAAUGCAUAUUCGGAUUGCCCUGCUCGUGAUUAGAGAUUUUACUGAAUAAAGUCCACAUAUAAGUAGGCCCUGAUAAUGCAUAUUGAGGUGGCUCUGUUUAUGAUUGCUGAUUUCACUGAACAAAGUCUACAAAGUAGGCCCUAAUAAUGCAUAUGGUGGUGGCCGUGUUGAUACAUAAAUAUGAUGGCCCUGAUCAUGCAUAUGGUGAUUGUGUUUACCUUGCACUCUCUGAUGGUGUUGAUUAUGCACAUGAUGGUAGCCAUGCGUGGUGGGCCAUACAAAGACACCCUUUACUGAGUGAAACUCUGUAUAUCCAUAAUAUUUGUGAUAACCCAUAGUUUUAUCUUUGCUGAAAUCAUUUGUUGCACACUAAGGUCUUGUAAUGUAAAUGUGGAGAUUUAUUCAAGUGGGCAAUUGAUGCUUAAUACACAAAGACCAUUCGGAUGCGAACAUUUUCCCCACACAUAUUGUUUUGUGAUGUUUAUGGUAUUUAUGGAACAUGUACAAAAGAAAAAAAGUAUAUCAAUCGCGGAAAUAACCCCAAUGCUUAGUUUACCUAUCAAAAUCGCAAAAUUAAAAUCCCGCAGAUAUAACCACGCUUACAGUACAUUGUGUACGGAAGCAUUAUGUAUUCAUAUGUUACCAGGUAUACGGUAUAUAACUAAUUGACAGCAUUCAUUUCAACAUGCAGUAUUAGCCAUACAUGGUUUGCUGCUUUGUCUGAAAGUUUGAAUAAAUGAAAGACAACAUCUCCCAAGAUAUUUAUCAUGUAAUAUGGCUUUCUCUACAGAAUCAGCAAAAGUAUCUACACAGUAUUCACUCUUUUAGAAGUUAGGAUUAUACAGCACUUCAAAAAAUAUAUAAACAUCAUGUUUGACUUUUAUGUGUUCCAGUUAAUGAAACAAGAAAUUGGAGUUUUUGUAUGGAUAUUAAAACCUGAAACUCAACUUCAGAAAAAGGUUAUUUAAGUCAAAUUUGGCAGUUUGUCAGUUUAAGAUGUGGUGCAGCUUUUAAAGAAACUAGUAUUUUGGUGUAAGGGGCAUUUUUAAGUUAUUUAUAUAUUUUUUAUCUUCUCAUAUCAGCAUGUACACGGGUGUUUUGAUCUUGGUAUCCUGAUGCUUCUCGUGGCUUUACGAAUAUUUAACCAAUAUGCAUGAAGUACCGGCAUAUAUACGAUUAUAUACGAUAUUGACUUCGAAAAUUAAUAUCUGGGUUAAUUAGUAUUCUGAUUUUUUAUCUAAAAAUGUAAAGGCUUGGUUGUCCCCUCGAUUUACUGAACAUUCAUAUAUCUUUGCCCUCUUGCCUUCAGCAAGAUAUUGAGAUUCUGAGAUAUUAAAAGUUUUUCUAUGAGAGAAUUUUAGAAUUGGAGAUAGCACUGAUUAUAUUCUUGAAGUUGAAAUAAUAUACAUUGUAUUGCAUUUUGUUGGAUAUAAUUCUAGUCAAAUUGCAGACCAUUGCCAUAAAUAUUUAUCAUGAGUGUUGGUAUUAACAGCGAGUUGUUAAAAUUUUUAGCAAUCCUGAUCGACCACCAAAAGUGGCUGGCCAUUUUUUAGUCAUUCGGUGCAUGCUUACUGUUGUAAAGUGCGAUUCCUGUACGUAAGGGUGGGGAGCGAGUGUUACAGACAUCGUCUGUUGUACAUACAAUUAUUUAUGUAUACCUAGCAUUAAUUAUAGUAUAUCAUAGUAUUUAUCAUGUAUAUUAAUUAAGGUAGGUCCUAACAGUGUUGUAGUUUCGAUGUAAGUAAAUGUAUACUUACAUAAUACAGUAGAUCUGGUACUUACUUACUGCUAUCCAUGCUGCCAUGUAAUUUUCAGCUCUCCUGGUCCGAUAUUUCAUUACAUAUAGCGCUUAUUGAUAUGUUGAUGGCAUUUUAAAGAGGUUGAUGAUAUAUAGAUGAGAAAUUUCGAAAGUGUCUGUCCAGGGGUUGAUUUUGGCAAAAUAAUGAGAAAUUUUGGUACAUGUAAUAUAAAUGAGUUUAGAAAUCGAUUUAAAUUGGAAUUUUGACAUCGCAAAUGAUUUAAAUUAUGUAUAUUGAGGUAUUUUGUCAUUGUCGAGGGGUUCAGCAAUGCAAUGAGAAAUUUGGCAAUGUAAAAGAGUUUGAAAAACUAGGUAGAAUUUCUUACACUGUAAAGGAGGUUGAUAAUGGAAAGUUUAAUAAAAAGCUAAAUUUUAGGAUUUUAAAGAAUUUGAUGGCAUUUUGAGAUAUUAUGAAAAGGCUGGAGAAAGUUUGUUUGGCAUUGAGAAUGUAUGUCCUAUAAGUUGAAUUAGUUUAAGAGUGAGCUUGGCAAUUGUUGAUUGCACUAGUUAUGCAGGUUUCCGACCAUUUGUCAGAACGGAGGAGGCACAGUAAGAUUAUUUGUACUUCACGGAGACCUGUAACGACAGGUGGUGAAACCCCAGCACUGCUAGGACCAACCUUAGCAUCUCAUCCUGUGAUCUUGUUGAAAGUGUGAAACACUUCAUGAAACUUGUUCAGUUUUAUUCUGUAUGAAAAAUUAUAUUUUUGUUUCUUUAUCGAUACUUUUAUUUGUUCCAUUAACAUAAAACAAAGAAAUAAAAAUGUUACAAACGUC